CCGUAAGUACCCGGAAGUAGUAUUGGCUAAAAGCCGAUGCUGAGUGAAUUUUGAGAUUUUCCAUAUUUCUUCAAGCUUUGCGUUUGACAGCUGUGAAAUUUCAAUUUUUGGAUGUGAAUUGUUAAGUCAUAUAUUCAACAAUGUCUGAGGAAGGCCAGAGUGCCGAAUCAGACGUUAAAACUGUCGCAGAAAUUCUAAAAUCAGAAGGGAAUGACGAGCUAAAAUUUGGUCUGCUAAUCAGCCUAAUCAAGGUGAACCAAGCAACAAGUAAGGAUGUGGUGAACACUGUCCUUCAUUUGCUUGUUGGAGGAGAGUUUGAAAUUGAGACAAACUUUGUCAUACAAGACCCUCAGAAUAUACUUCAGAUGUUAACUGUGGUUGAACAAUGUCCAGAAAAUCUACAGGCUGAAAUAUGGAGUGUGUUCCUGGCAAUGAUGAAGAAGAGCCGACGGAAUCUGCAGGCAUGUACAGAAGUUGGCCUCAUCUCAAGAGUUAUGGACCUGUUGUUAAAAGCUGGGGAAGUUGUUGCAGAUUUGUUGAUAGAUAUGUUAGGAGCCCUGGCAGCUUACAGUAUCACUGUGAAGGAGUUGCGCCAACUAUUCCGAUACCUCAAAGCAGACGAUGGCACAUGGCCUCGUCACUCUGUGAAGUUGAUCUCUGUGCUGAAACAGAUGCCCCAGAGACAAGGUCCUGACGAGUUUUUCAGCUUUCCAGGAAAAAAAGGAUCUUGCAUUCAUGUACCUCCAGUGAAGACAUGGCCGUACCAGAGUGGUUGGACAUUUUCAUGCUGGUUGAGACUGGAUCCUGUUACUGGAGUUACUGUUGAAAGGGAAAGACCCUACCUGUUCUGUUUCCAUACCAAUAAAGGAGUAGGUUACUCAGCAAAUUUCCUUGGUAACUCCCUAGUGAUAACUUCAAUGAAGGUCAAGGGUAAAGGUUUCCAACAUUGUGUCAAGUACGAGUUCCAGCCAAGAAAGUGGUAUAUGGUGAGCAUUGUGCAUGUAUAUAACAGAUGGAGCAAGUCUGAGAUCAGAUGUUAUGUGGACGGACAGCUCGCCUCUGGUACAGACAUGUCUUGGCUGGUCAGCACGUAUGAUCCAUUCGACAAAUGUUAUAUUGGUGGAAGCUCAGAAGGUGACGUUGAUCACAUGUUUAGUGGACAGUUAUCUGCCCUUUACUUGUUCAGUGAGGCAUUGUCACCACAACAGAUAUCAUCAAUUCAUGAAUUAGGUCCUAGCUAUAAGAGUCAGUUCAGGUUUCCAAACGAGAGUCAAGUAAGAUUGUCAGAGACUGCUCAUAGGUUGUUGUAUGAUGGGAAGCUCACCUCUAUCAUUGUAUUUAUGUACAACCCUAUAGCGUGUGACGGUCAGCUGUGUUUAGAAUCUUCACCUAAAGGCAACUUUAACCAUUUCCAGCACUCACCUCAUGCCAUGAUGUCAGGGGAGGUGAAGUCAGUGAUUACACAUUCCAUCCAUAGUACAUUACAUUCCUUAGGAGGCGUACAGAUAUUGUUCCCGCUGUUUGGUCAGCUAGAUUUGCCAGUGGCUCAGGGAGAGGGGAAAUCCUCCGCUACAGAUCAUUCUACAUGUGAUGACCCUAUAGAAAUAAUAUUUGCCAAUCUUCUAGGAUUACUGUACAAUUUGAUUGAGAGCUCGUCCACUAUACAUCAACAAAUGGUGCAAAAUAAAGGUUUUCUAGUCAUAGGACAUCUCUUAGAGAAGUCAUCACGAGACCAUGUUACUCCAAGUGUGUUAGAAGUUUUCCUCAAGUUGACAGAUUACCUGGUGAAAUGUCCGGCAGGAGGAACUCUGUUGAAACACCUGUUUGAUCAUAUCCUCUUCAACCCAGCCAUCUGGAUACACUCUUGUAUGGAGGUCCAAACAAAAUUGUAUUGUUACCUAGCAACAGAUUUUAUCAAUGAUGCUCAGAUAUAUAACAACAUACGGCGUGUGAGUGCGGUGCUUCAGACCAUGCAUACAUUAAAAUAUUACUACUGGGUGGUGAACCCCAAAGAUAGAAGUGGUAUCACACCAAAAGCAGUAGAUGGUCCUCGCCCAGACUAUGAUGAAAUAAUCAAGUUGAGGUCUUUCAUGUUGCUGUACAUCAAACAGUUAUUGUUGAAGGGUCAGGGAGUGCAGGAAGACGAGUUACAGAGUAUGCUCAACUACCUGUGUACAUUACAUGAGGAUGACAACUUGGUCGAUGUAUUAGAGUUACUGGUAACAUUGAUGUCUGAACAUCCACAGUCCAUGGUACCUGCAUUUGACAAGAAACAAGGUGUCAGGACUGUGUUCAAGCUUCUGGCAUCACCAAAUGAAGACAUCAGAAUCAAAACGUUGAAGCUGUUUGGUUUCUGGCUCAGCAGAAGUACACCCAAGAGGAAGCAGGAUUCACUAUCGCAGCACAAUUUGUUUUCUCUGCUAGGAGAAAGGUUGCUACUUAAUGAUCAACAUAUUACCAUAGCAACAUAUAAUGCUCUCUUUGAGAUGUUAACAGAGAGAAUUAGUCUAGAAUCUCACAAAGGGAAACAUGAGGAACCAGAGAGCCAUUUCAGGAUAGAAAAUUCUGCAUUACUGAAAGUAGUUGCAACGAUGAUCAGACAGUCAAAGCCAAGCCCAGAGAUCCUGGAAGUGAAAAGGGUAUUCUUGUCAGACCUCACAAUUCUGUGUAAAAACAACAAGGAAAAUAGAAGAACUGUGCUACAGAUGUCAGUAUGGCAGGACUGGCUAUUCUCCAUGGCAUAUGUAUACCCCCAGAACCAGGAACAACACAAAGUCACAGAGAUGGUGAUGGCAUUGUUUAGAAUGUUGUUACACCAUGCCAUCAAGUUUGAGUACGGUGGCUGGAGAGUGUGGAUUGAUACACUUGCUAUAUUACAUUCCAAGGUAGCCUAUGAGGAUUUCAAGCGUCACAUGGCCAAGAUGUACAAACAGUAUGAUAGACAGCGUGUGGAUGAUUAUGCUGACCACGAGGAGAGAAAUAGACAGCCAAUCAGCACUAUUUCUGGUGUCUCAGACUCCGAACUGAACAAACCAAUACCAAAAUCUACUGUCAAGGUCACAGAAAUAGAAGAUUCUGAAACAGCAGGUGCUGAAAAACCGUUGGAUAAUGAAAACGAGGCUAGUUCAAAAACUGACCAAUCAGAAUCUGACAAGACUGUAAAUGGUGAUAUUGGUGUUGGAAAUAGUAAAAAUGGUGAAAAUGAUGCAGCAGAACAUCAAAGAGAUAGACAAAAGAUGCCUACAAGGACUGAUUCAACUAGAAGUGGGCACAGAAUGUUUAGUUCAGGGCCAAGGGCACCACCAUUUAGGAUACCUGAGUUCAGAUGGUCUUAUUUACAUCAACAACUGUUGAAAGAUCUCCUGUUCUCAAUAGAGACUGAUGUCCAAGUUUGGAAAAGCCAUACAACGAAAACUGUGAUUGAUUUUGUGAAUUCGAGUGAGAACAAUAUUUAUGUAGUUAAUGUGACACAUAUGAUCUCCCAGUUAGCGGACAAUCUGAUAACAUCAUGCGGAGGACUUCUCCCUUUACUGGCAGCAGCAACAUCAUCUAAUGGGGAGGUGGAGAUUUUAGAACCUACGCAGGGUCUCAGUAUAGAACAAGCUGUGUCCAUUUUGCUGCGAAUUAUGAACCUGACAGAUAUACUGGUAUUUGCGAGUUCCACAACAUUUGCCGAACUUGAGCAGGAGAAAAACAUGCCGGCAGGAGGAAUACUGAGGCAGUGCCUUAGAUUAGUAUGCACAGCAGCUGUUCGUAACAGUCUGGAAGUUCGACACCGCCAAGUUCCCCCUACCCCACCCACUCCUACAUCCACUGCACACCCGCUAGCUUCACAUUCCAGAGAUACGUCCAAUCAGAAUGGUACCACAGAUCCUAUACAGGCAUUGAUUGAAGGCUCACACCCAACUAGGAAGAAUAUAGUUGAGAACCUGAAUGAGCAGAUGUCCCCAAUCAAAGACUUUGACAAGCUUCUACAGGACAUGGACAUUAACAGGCUGCGAGCUGUUGUGUAUCGUGAUGUGGAGGAGACGAAACAAGCACAAUUUUUAGCCCUAGCUAUAGUGUAUUUCACAUCAGUAUUGAUGGUAUCAAAGUAUAGAGAUAUUUUGGAGCCGCCCAGCCCAGCUCAGACCCCGAGCCAGAUGCCUCGCCGCAGCUCAAACCAUGCCCCAUCAGGGAACCAGUCUGAAGAUGAGGAAUCAGAGAAACAGCCUGGUCAGGGAGACAGUCAGGUCCAAGAUGGUACAGAACAAGUUGUUGAUGAGAGUCAGGAGAAGUUGAAGAUUCCUGUAGAUGUACAUGUUAAUAUGGAUACUUCAUUAGAAUCUGGAGCAACUACUGAAGAUUCUGAGGCAGCUUCCCCAGCCAGACCGGUGACUGAGGGAGGGGGAGAGAAUGAGGGAGCAAAAGGGUCAGGUGAUGGUGUGGAGGAGGAAGAAGAGGAAGAUUCUGGAGAGGAAGAAGAUGAGGAGGAGGGUGAGGAGGACAAGACAGAAGGAAAACCAGAAGAAAAAACAGAAGAAAAAUCCACUGAGGAACCAGAGGGAAAAGAAGAAAUAGGAGCAGGAGAUAAUGAAGAAACUGAGCAAAAUGCAACAACAGAUGAAAAGAAAGACAGCGAACCUACAGAAACUGUAGAAGAAAAAGAUAAAGAAGAAGAUGUUUCUGCAACUGAUGAUGAUAAAGACACCGAAAGUGAAAUUAAGGAAGAACAAAAAUCGGAAGAAGCUGAGGAAGUUAAAACUGAAACUGAAGGUGCUGAAUCAGCUGUUGAUGAUCAGGAAAAAUCUGAAAGCAGUGAACCAGUUGAAGAUAGUGAUAAAACAACUGAUGAAAGUAAAGCAACAGAAGACAGUGUGCCAGCUACUGUUGAUACAAAUGAAACAGCUGGUGAUGAAAACAAAGCUGAAGUCAAUGGUAGACACUCACCUGUUGAUAGUUUAGAAGCUUCAGUUGAAGCAACAGAUCAGAUCUUGUCAGUUCAGCUGCCAUCAGAAGGAGACCAGUCACAAGUGCCAAUUACUUCUAUAUCUGCUGGAACUAGAAAACCAAGUGAAAGUAGUGAACAUCAGAAACCAGAGAAACUUGAAUUGAAGAGUACACCUAUUCCUGGUCCAGUCAGUCUUUCUAUGUUAGAUUCUGGAAAUUUGACAGAAAGAUUGGAAAAGGCAUUGGGAUCUGUAGCACCUUUGUUACGAGAAAUAUUUGUAGAUUUUGCACCUUACUUAUCCAAAACUCUCAUUGGAUCACAUGGUCAGGAGUUGCUCAUUGGAGGUCUGGUAACUCUGAAGCAGAGUACAUCUGUGGUGGAGCUUGUCAUGUUGUUGUGUUCUCAGGAAUGGCAGAAUUCACUGCAGAAACAUGCUGGUCUCGCUUUCAUUGAGUUAGUAAAUGAAGGGAGGUUGUUAGCACAUGCAACAAGGGAUCACAUUGUACGAGUUGCGAAUGAAGCAGACUUCAUCCUAAACAGAAUGAGAGCAGAGGAUGUUCAGAGACAUGCUGAGUUUGAGUCAUUAUGUGCCCAAAUGAUGUUGGAUAGACGAGAAGAAGAGAAACUCUGUGACCAUCUGAUCACCUCAGCUAAGAGAAGGGAUUACUCAGUUGCAAUGAAACUUCGUGAUAAAGUACUUAAUAUUCUUGCCAACAAACAUGGUGCAUGGGGAGAACCAGAUAAACAGAAAAAUGAAUACUGGAAGCUGGAUGUAUGGGAAGAUGACAGCAGAAGGAGACGUAGGUUUAUCAAGAAUGCGAUAGGCUCUACCCAUCCAGAUGCUGCACUAAAAGCUGCAUUAGAGCAUGGUGCUACAGAAGAUGCAAUUAACCAGGCCAGAGAAGCCUUCCAUGCUCAUCUGGACAGUAAGAAGGCACAGGCCUUACAACCUGAUUACACUGAUGAAGAAUUACUCAUGGAAGAUACAGAAUUUGAAAGAGAAUAUUCAGGUCCGGUUGCUAUGUCUACUACAUGCAAACUUAUAGCCCCUGGUGUGGCAAUCAACGGUUUAAUGUCUAUCACAAAAACUGAUCUCUACUAUGAAAUGGAUGAGGAUGAUGCUGAGAACAAGAAGAUUGAUUCAGAGGUGUUGGCAUACAUAGACUACUUGCACGGGAAAUGGAAUUUCAACGAGAUCCGAGCCAUCUUUUCACGGAGAUAUCUUCUUCAGAAUGUAGCCAUAGAAAUUUUCCUCGCCAACAGAACGGCAAUAAUGUUUUCCUUCCCAGACCAUGCUACUGUGAAGAAAGUUAUCAAUGCUUUACCGAGGGUUGGUGUGGGUGUGAAAUACGGUCUUGGGCAAUCAAGACGUAUGUCCUCGGCAUCAGGGAAGCAGCUGUACAAGAUGUCGGCUAUGACACAGAAAUGGCAGCGACGAGAAAUUUCAAACUUUGAUUAUCUCAUGUACCUUAAUACAAUAGCAGGUCGUACAUACAAUGAUCUGAAUCAGUAUCCAGUGUUCCCCUGGGUGAUUGUCAAUUACGACUCAGACGAAUUAGAUCUUAGUCAGCCCAACAACUUCAGAGAUCUCUCAAAACCAAUUGGUGCCCUAAAUCCAUCAAGAAAGGAAUUCUUUGAGGAUCGUUACAACUCCUGGGAGCAUGAUCAGAUACCGCCAUUCCACUAUGGGACACACUACUCUACGUCGGCUUUCACUCUCAACUGGUUGAUAAGAGUGGAACCAUUUACAACAAUGUUCCUGAACUUACAAGGAGGCAAGUUUGACCAUGCAGAUAGAACUUUCCAUUCUGUAUCUCAAGCUUGGAAAAACUGUCAGCGGGACACAUCUGAUGUUAAAGAGCUGAUUCCAGAAUUCUUUGCUUUGCCUGAGAUGUUCAUGAACACCAACAAAUUCAACCUGGGUAAACAAGAUGAUGGUACAGAAGUGAACAGCGUAGUUCUACCCAAGUGGGCCAAGAGCCCUGAGGACUUUGUUCGGAUAAACAGAAUGGCUCUGGAGUCGGAGUUUGUGUCCUGCCAGUUACAUCACUGGAUAGAUCUAAUCUUUGGAUAUAAACAGAGAGGACCUGAAGCUGUUAGGGCCACCAAUGUGUUUUAUUAUCUCACAUAUGAAGGCAGCGUUAACUUGGAGACAAUGACAGACCAUGUCAUGAAAGAGGCAAUUGAGAAUCAGAUUCGAAGUUUUGGACAAACACCAACACAGUUGUUGACUGAACCCCACCCACCUAGAAGUUCUGUUAUGCAUUUACUCACCCAAAAUUAUAGCAAAGAGAACAGAAGUAUUUUAAAAAAGUCACCAAUGAUGUUUACAAGUGUCCAGGAUGAUGUAUGUAUGAUAAUGAAGUUCCUGUCCAACUCCCCGGUGUGUCAUGUGUCAGCAAACACACACCCUGCAGUUCCAAACCCAGCAGUUACAGCAAUCACAUGCAAUCAUAACUUCUCACUCAACAAGUGGAAUCCUAACUAUCAACACCAAGGGACGCCAACCAGUCUGGGAUCUGCCGAGAACAAAGACACAAAAGAUGCCCAGCCAAAUCUACCAUUGGCCAUGGAUCAGCUGCUAGUUAUGAACACUGGGUUACAACGACGUAGUUUAGGUGAUAAUUUUGAUCAGCGCCUAAAAGUGAGUCAGUCUCACUUUGUUACAACAGCGGACAACAGAUUUAUCUUUGCAUGUGGAUUCUGGGAUAAAAGUUUCAGACUCUACUUAGCAGAUACAGCAAAGAUCCUUCAAGUAGUGUAUGGUCAUUUUGAUGUUGUCACGUGUAUAACAAGGUCAGAAUGUAACUUGAACCAGGAUUGUUACAUCGUUACUGGCUCGAAGGAUUGUACUGUCAUGGUGUGGAUGUUUACGUCCAGAAAUCAGGCAAUCAUCGGUGAUAACGGAAGUAUAGACCACCCAACUCCUAAGGCAACGCUGACUGGACACAAGUCAGAAGUGACCAGUGUCAGUGUUCUUGCUGAACUCGGAAUGGUCAUUAGUGGAUCACAUGAUGGGCCAUGCCUUGUGCAUACACUGAACGGCGACUUGUUGAGGUCUCUUGACCCACCAGAGGGUAAGCAGCUGACCGCCAAUCUGAUCUGUAUGUCUCGAGAGACAUUUGUUAUGAUCAGGUUUGACCAGAACCUCAUCUGUAACUUCAGCAUCAACGGGCGAUUACAAAAACAUAUCAAACAUAAAGAUAAUAUUCAGGCAAUGACGCUCAGCAGAGAUGGACAGUACCUGAUGCUGGGAGGUGAUAAUGGUGUCGUUGAGGUGUAUAGGUCACAUGACCUUACACUGCUGUACUCGUACCCAGCGUGUGAUAGUUGUAUAUGUUCCCUAGCUCUUUCACAUGAUCACAAAUUUUUGCUGGCAGGUUUGGCUACAGGAUGUUUGUUGGUGUUUAACAUUGACUUCAACAAGUGGCACCAUGAAUACCAGGAAAAAUAUUAACUUGCUGAAGUGUAGAUAAAUGAUAACAUUCAAAUCUGACAGAUAAACAUGUAGCUUUCGUACCACAUGAAUUAAAUAAAAAUGCAGAUAUACUAUACAACUCUUUACUUGGAGAAAUAUGACAGUAUUGAGAAAUACAUGGAAAUCAUGCAGAGCAGGAUAAAUUGUGGGCUUUCUUGGUACCCUACAGUCUUGACAAAUCUGGAAACACAUGUAUUUACUUUAUAGUAUUAAUGUUCUUAGUAAAUCAGGCAAUACUAACACUUGCACAUGUAGAUUAGUUUUGAGACUUGAAAAACUUGGUUCAAGCUUUGUUUUAUAAGACAACUACUGUGUGACCAUAAUGUUGAGACACAGUCACCAUUCUAGGACAAAAGGUUAUAAAACUGAAUUUGGAGAGAAAGUCUCAAAUCCCAGCAUUAUUCUGAUUGGUUAUUUCUCAGCUUAAAUUUGAAAUUGACCAAUAGCAAUGCUUCAGUUUGAAACUGGACUGAAAAGCCCUGCAUCUGAUUAGUGGAUUCUCAGCACUAUUUUGAAAUUAACCAAUGGCAAGUCUUACGACCGAGACUGGUCUCAAAGCUCAUUUCCAUAGCCUUUGACCCGGACGUUGCACACAUGCACAUUGUUGAUUGUUAAAGUCCUGUUCAAAAUGAUACUUAAAAUAGCCAUGUUAAUGAAUUAGAUCAUUGUUGCAUUUGUAUAAAUAUCAUUUCGCAUUGUUUGUAAAAUUUUAUAAACAGGAUGAAUUUUAUUAUUAAGCAGAAAUAACUCAAGUUCCUUUCAUUAAAAAGAAAACAGAUAUUUAGAGACUUUUCUGUGACACAUCUGAGAAAAAGACUACAUUUUAUAACAAUAAUGGGUGUGUUUUGAUACUGGUUACUCAUAUACAUCUUCGUGUAUAUACAUGCAGGCACGUAAGCUAGUGACUAAUUGUAACAGUAAUCGGCAUAUUCCUCUAUGUUGUUUGGUAACAUUUCUUCAGAACAUUAACUUUCAAAGCAAACUUUGAUUGUAAAUUAAUAAAUAUCUUGUAUCAAGACUGCAGGAUUUUGCAAGUUUUUCAAAAUGUUCAAUGUUAUAUGUCUAGUUUGUAAAUAUGUGUUGAUAAGGUUAAAAAUUUUAUGUAUUCAAUAUUUGUGUCAAAUAUGGUAUGAAUAGAAUCUUUCUUGAGCAGUUACCUUAUAUAACAUCUUGUGAGUUUAAACAAGUUUGCAGUCGUUUCUUUUGAAAAAAGAAAUAUAAUUUGAUUGCAAACAUGAUAUUUCAACAAGAAAAAGUUAGAAAUUGAGAAUUUGAUCCCAAGGUAACCAUUGAUAUUGCUCUUAAGGUGAUGCACCCAUAAUGACAAAUGGAAACUUUGUGAAGUAACAUAUUCUCCAUGUAAGAUUUCAGCAUUCUUGGGCUUAUACAAAAAGUCAGGUGCCAAUAUGAGGUUCAAGCAUUGCUGAAGAAUGCCCAUAUUGCACACAGGAAUACAAUGAUCACACAAAAAUUGCGGAUUGUCAUUAUAGGUCCAGUCCAUUAAUUUAAAAACAAGUACAAAUUAAAACAUUGUCAUUAUGGAUUUACCACCUUCAUUUAAAAAGUAGAAUUUAAACAAUGUACUUAAGGUACAGCUAAAACAUGUGACAACAUUUACUCUACAAGAUGAUUUUCUUUGGUAGCUUAGAAAGAUUUAACAAUGAAUAUGCUAGUAUUUGUUAAGUUAUAAAGAAUCAAAUCAAAUCAUGUUUUGAAAAAUGUGUGUUUUAAAACAAGAGGGCUGUACAUACUUUUGUUUAUUAGCACUUAUGGUAAUUGUUAAAAACAUUGUUUUCAAUUACUGUGUUGCUAGAAAAAGGGAAAGUUUAUUCUUGUUAUAGAUGAAUUAUUUAUAUUGUUACAAAUGGAAUUCUAGGGUGUCAAUCCAUUGAUUGUAAUGCAUUGAUACCUUGCACAUUCAGUCAAUAUUGGAGCUAUCUGUGCAUUGAAAUCAGUGAGGUAGAACAUCUCUGGAUCCAUUGGAAUAUUGGUUAGAAUGACUGCUUCACAUAUCAUUUGAAAUAUUUAUACGUUUGUGUAUAUAUUAUAUAUAACAAAAUGCAUGAUAUCUAUAUAUAGAACUGUUUUAUACAUUGUCCACAUCUGUAUGAGUUUACAUUUCUAAGAUUUUGCAUACACUUGACAGGUAUUGCAUACAUUUGCCAGUUGUUGCAUACACUUGCCAGGUGUUGCAUACAUUUGCAAGUGUUGCAUACAUUUGCCAGGUGUUGCAUACAUUUGCCAGGUUUUGCAUACAUUUGCCAGGUGUUGCAUACAUUUGCCAGGUGUUGCAUAUAUUUGCCAGGUUUUGCAUACAUUUGCCAGGUGUUGCAUACACUUGCCAGGUGUUGCAUACAUUUGCAAGUGUUGCAUACAUUUGCCAGGUGUUGCAUACAUUUGCCAGGUGUUGCAUACAUUUGCAAGUGUUGCAUACAUUUGCCAGGUGUUGCAUACAUUUGCCAGGUGUUGCAUACAUUUGCCAGGUGUUGCAUACAUUUGCAAGUGUUGCAUACAUUUGCCAGGUGUUGCAUACAUUUGCCAGGUUUUGCAUACAUUUGCCAGGUGUUGCAUACAUUUGCCAGGUGUUGCAUACAUCUCUAAGGUAAUGCAUAUAUAAUAUAAUAUAAAUAAAAGGGAAAAUUUACUUAACUAUUUCAUUUUAGUGUAGGAAAUACUUAAUAUAGUUUUCAAACUGGUCACUGAUAUGACUUUGUUGUAAAUAUGAAUUCUAUUGUGGGAAAUGUUAGGAGAGUAGAUAUGUUUACAAAAUUUCAUCAUGAUGUUAUAAGGUGUGCUUUUUCUGAUGUUUUCACAUGUUUGGUUACAUUGGCUCCUAAAGUUCAGAUAUGAUGUUUUGUUGUUAAUAUUAAAGUCUGUUUCAAACAUUCCAAUAUUUUUAUUUGAUAUGUUAGUGCUAUGUUUUGGUGUGUUUGUUUUGUAUUAUGUUAUUUUCAUCUGUAAACAACUUGGUUGUUUUUUGAUCAAUUAUAUCACUUUAGUCCAUUAACGUCAUACAGCUUUGUUUAUAUCUUAAUUUGCUACCUACAUGUGUGUUAUAUUUGCAACAAAUGUUAAUAACAUAUAAAUUCAUCUUUGCAUUGAAAUCACUAAUUAUUUCAGUUGUGGAAUUUUCGUAAAAAAUAAGUGGACAAAUGCAUAAUAUCACAUACUGUAUUCUUCUUUUACAAUAUGUUGUGCACAGUGAAUAUCGGCUGAAAAAAAACUAAUUCCAGAAUUUAUAAAUAGACAGUGAUGUAAUGUAAUACUAAAAAUACCAAGUGAUGUAAUGUAAUACUAAAAAUACCGAGUGAUGUAAUGUAAUACUAAAAAUACCAAGUGAUGUAAUGUAAUACUAAAAAUACCAUAAUGUACACAUUAUGAAGUGAUUACAAUUAUAAGUCAAAGAUCAUUAUGUGUUUAACAUUGGAAGCAUUUUUAUCACUUAAAUUAAGUAUAAAAUGUGAACUAAUCAGACAAAAUGUGAAAAAAUGUCAUGAUAAACUGUACCUAAAAUGAGAGAAAGAUUUAUAUUAUUUAAUGAUAUAUAAAAUGUGAACUUGCAUAGUGGAAAAAUGUUAUGAAACUUAAAAUGUGAACUUGAAAUGUAACAAGUAUUAUCAAGAUAUUUGAAAUGUGAAAAAUGUUAUGAUACAUGUGUUUGCUCAUGAUUACAUUUUAUGGUUUUGUAGACUGAAUACAAUUAUUUAGUUAUAAUUAAUUUGAAAUUUUAAGCAGAGACCGCUUGAAAAAGAAAACUUAUUGUACCUGUUUGUGCAGAUUGAAGUUUGUGAUUUAUCUUUAGUUCUUUUUUUGUCAUUGAGUGUGGACAGUAGAUAUAUUUAUUUAGUUAGAUGCAUUGAUAUUCUUAACUUGCUGGAUUUUCUACAAUACAAGGUAAAUUUACAUAUCAUUCAGCUUAUGGAAAAUAUUUUGAAAUUAACAUUUUAACUAAAGUUGAGCAAUUCCUGUUGUCUAUAACGGUGUUGUUCUGGUAUCAAAACACAGUCACCUGUAGAUUUUCAGGUGUGAAAGUAAUACAUUCAUGCAGUGUUUUGUGUGCAUAUUUGUGUUUUAAAGAAAUAAGGUUCUUUUGUAUAUAUGAUAAUAUAAACAUUGCUGUAGUAAUGACUGCCACUUUACCAUGCAUGAUCUAUACUGUAAGAGAAAAAUGGCAGUCAACUUGUCAUAAGCUUACUGUACUUGAGAAAGUGUGCAUGUGUUUUUGCUGUAAGCAAAACGAAUUUCUGAAUGUGUUACAUGCUUGAUGCAAUAUAAAUAUUAUAUUUAUAUAUAUCUAAUCUGGGUCAUAGAUUAUAAAACUUAAUUUGGGAACCAGUCAAAAAAUUCCAACAUCUGAUUGGUUGAUUUUAAGAUUAGUUGACUAAUGCAAGGUUUCCUCGUCAGACUGGUCUCCAAACUGAGUUUUAUUAUCUUGCACUCAUUUCAUAACUUAUUAUUAACAUAGGGUUAGGGUUUGUUUGUGUUUUUAUUUUAUGAUAAGGUAUUUAUACCAUGCUUUUAUAUAUAAAGGAAAAAAUGUUAAAUUUAUGAGGAGAUAUACCUCCCUACAUAACCAGCUGCAUUACAUAAUAUUACACAUAACUUUUAAUAGUAAUUAAUAUAUGGAUACAACUGUUUUCAUAUUUAAGACAAAGUGAAAUUUAGGGGUAUAAAAGGUUAACUAGAUAUGUCAGAUCCACUUUUGAACGUUCAAUAAAAUCUGUUACUCUGGCAUUUUACUUUAAAACAAUAUAUAAUAUGGAAAUGACAGCCUCUAACAGUUUGUUUAUAAGGUUGAGUUUUCUGUUCAAAAAAAUGGAUUUUAUAUGAUUUGCAUUGCAAAAUAAGAAUUUUUGUUUCUUUGCAUAGUUGAUAUUUAAUAUUUUUGAGUAUUUGCAAGGAAAGAUUGCAUGAGACGCUUAUGGAAAUCACUCAUGAGGCUGCUCUCAAACUGAACUCAAAUACCAGUGCGAUUUAUCUCAAGUAUUUCCUAUUCUAUGUUAUAUGGUAUAAGAGGCUUUAGGAAAAAUGUGGCUAGAUAUCCAUAUUUUGAACCCUUUGUGUACAUGUCAUAACCUUGUGAAUAGAGUUAAAGCCUUAUAUAUGAUGGAAACAACACAGAGUUUUCUUAGUCAUUCAUUUUGUGAAUAUAUUUGAAGGUGCAUUAUCAGUUAUAUCACAUGACUGCACAUUCGAGUAUAUCGAGUUAUGGUAUCUGAAACUGUAAAAAUAGACUGCAUGUAAUUCAAUAUUUUCUGUAUUUGAAGACAUGCUAUAGCAUCGAGAUACAAUAAACGUUUAUACUUUCCACUAGACAAAGGUGGAGCAGCAAGUUCUGUGUGAUGUAGAUCUUUCUGUGUAGAUGUAUGUAGGGGGUUAUUUUCCACCCAGUAUAAGGCAGUGAAACUUUGAAGUUCAUUCCUGUAACAACCAUUCCACUCACAUUUGUAUGUUGUCUAUAUUUCAUAUUGAUAAAUAAAACUAUUUACACAUU